AUGGUUCCAUGGAAGGAGCUUGCAGUAGCAGUGUGCGAGAGGUUUGGAGAAGGAGAUCCAGAAGAGGCCAUAGAAGAGUUUAACAAGCUGAUGCAGACUGGAAGUGUAGCUGAGUACCUGGAGAGGUUUGAGCAGCUGAAAUCCAUGGUAAUGAUAUCCCUUCCUGGACAACCUGAUUCUUAUUAUAAAUCAUGUUUUCUCAGUGGCUUGAAGGAGGAAAUAGUGAGUAUGGUUAGGAUGACAAAACCCCUUACCUUAGCAGACACCAUUGAAGCUGCUAAACUGCAGGAGAAGAACCUGGAAGCCAUUAGGAAAACACAGGGGACGUUGAUGCAAAAAUACUCUUCCUCAUCCACUAACCCACCUGUUAACAAACAGAACUUCCCCCCACAUACUAAAAUGAAGUGGCCUAACUUCCAACAUAAGAGGCUGGAACCCAUUCCCAAUAAAAAUAUUAGAAUAGGAGCUCAUACAACAGAUCAUUUCAAAAGGAUCACUCCAUCUGAACUUAGCUACAGGAGGGAAAAAGGGUUGUGUUUUAAGUGUGAUGAACCAUAUACCUUGGGACAUGUUUGCAAACAAGCUCACAUGAAUUAUAUACUGGUGGAUGAGUCUGUGGGUAUAGGGGGGACUCAAGAGGAACAAGGGAACGAUGCAGAAGAAUUCUGUGACUGUCCUGAGGAGGAGUUGAGUAAUGAAAACAUAGAAGUGUCUAUCCAUGCAUUGGCAGGGGGAACUGAACAUAAGACUCUUAAACUGAAUGGUAGACUAGCAGGGAGAGAGAUCAUAAUACUGGUAGACAGUGGCAGUACUCACUGUUUUGUUGAUGAAAAGUUGGCAGAGACCUUACAACUACAUGCCAUUGGGACACCCUUGAUUGUCAAGGUUGCCAAUGGAGAAAAAUUGGAAUCUAGACAGUUGCAUGGGACUUUGCGGUGGGAAGGGAGGCAACCAGUGGAGUUGAAGGGGGAAGUUAGUGAGCUAAAACUUAGGGCCAUCAAGGGAAGUAAAUUAGCCAAAUGGAAGAGAAAACAAGCAUAUGGGAUAACUGCCCAGCUAUAUGUAGUAGAGGAGGAAGGUGAGGACCCUGAAGUGAUACCAGCAGAAAUGAAAGAUUUACUAGGCAGAUUUGAAGGAGUAUUUGCUGAGCCACAAGGCAUGCCUCCAAUUAGGAGCCAUGACCACAGUAUUCCAUUGAAGGAAGGAGCUGCCCCAUUCCAGAUUAGGCCAUACAGAUGCCUCUACGUACAAAAAUCAGAGAUAGAGAGGUUGGUGAAGGAGAUGCUACAAAUGGGAAUUAUACAACCUAGCAAUAGCCUUUUUGCAUCCCCAGUGCAGCUAGUUAAGAAGAAGGAUGGUAGCUGGAGGUUUUGUGUGGACUAUAGACAGCUUAAUGAGCUUACACUAAAGCACAAAUUCCCUAUGCCACUGAUAGAUGAACUGAUUGAUGAACUACAUGGAUCCAGAUAUUUCACCGAAAUCGACUUGAGGGCUGGUUACGAUCAAAUCAGAGUUAAGAUAGAGGAUAGACACAAGACAGCCUUCAGGACUCACUAA